AUGUCUCGCCCAUCCCUGCCAUGCUCAGCGGCCGAUGAGGACGUUUUCGGCCCAAUCGUGGACGUCUCGUGUCAACGUGGCUUCGACUUUACUUUGCUCUUUGAAGAGACAAUCUUGACUUUACUUCCAAUCACAGUUCUCUUUCUAUUGGGGGCCCUUCGUAUCUGGACUCUUCGGCACGCGUCAGCGAAAGUCAAUCGAUCAUGGCUGUACGCGGCGAAGGAGACAGCCUUGACUCUGCACAUAGCUCUUCAAUUGAUCCUUCUGAUUCUUUGGAGCAAACCCUUGAUUCCCAAUACGAGAGCGACUGUUCCCACAGCUUUUGCAAGCUUGUGUGUUUCUAUAUUUCUGCUCUACCUGUCUCACCUCGAACAUAUGCGAUCCUUGCGCCCAUCGACCAUUAUCUGUCUUUUCUUGGGCUCUACUGUACUCCUUGAUCUUUCCCGUCUCCGGACACUUUACUUUAUGCCAAACAACCGACCGGUGACGAUUUUGUUUGCCGUGGGUUGUGCUGGCAAGAUUGUCAAUCUAGUACUCGAGUCGACAGAAAAGCGAUCAUUGCUGAAAAAAGGAUCUGAUGAGAUAGCGCUUGAAUCAACUAGUGGUAUUUUCAGCCGCAGUACCUUUUGGUGGCUGAACGGGCUGCUCCGAAAGGGGUUGAAAACCAAUCUUACAGUGGACAGCCUCCCCGACCUAGAUGAUGCUAUCAAAACAGCUUCGAACCCAGAGGAAUUAAUCAAACUGUGGAAUAAAGCCAACAAGUAUCGACCCAACGCAUUGCUUUGGACCCUCGUUUCUCAUUACAGGUGGGAGUUCUUGGAGGGCGUUCUGCCUCGAGUUGCAUUUACCGGAUUCACUUUUGCCCAGCCGUUCCUGGUUCAGCGUGUGCUAGAUUUCAUGACCGAGCCCGAGAAGAUCAAUUCUAAGAACUAUGCUCGUGGUCUCGUCGCGGCAUAUGCGAUAGUUUACGUCGGGAUUGCCAUAUCCUUUAACAUGUACCAGCACAAAACCUGCCGUCUCAUCACCAUGGUUAGAGGAAGCUUGGUUACCCUUAUCUUUAAGAAGACCCUGCGCAUGAGUACCUCAGCCGUAUCCGAUGCGACAGCAGUGACUUUGAUGAGUACCGAUAUCGAGCGCAUUGGGAGUGGUCUUAGGGAAAUGCAUGAGCUUUACUCAAACUUCACGGAAGUUGCUCUUGCUCUGUGGCUGUUGGCCCGAUUACUCAAUAUUGCAACUCUCGCUUCCACUAUAGUUGUUGUCAUCUGUCUUAUUAUCGGGAUUCCGUUGGCGGUCGCGUCUGGCAAAGCUCAGGGUACAUGGCUCGAAGCUGUAGAGAAGCGUGUUGCAGUGACUUCCAGGGUCCUUGGGGUCAUGAAAAGUAUUAAAAUGACAGGCCUGACAAAAGUCAUCUCACACAACAUCCGAGGGCUCCGCUCGCAAGAAAUCGGAGCAUCAUUUCUUUUCCGGUUGUACACCGUUUUAGUCAUCACGUUCUCUUAUGCAUCUUCAGCACUGGCUCCUGUAUUUGGUUUUGGUGUUUACAUCAUUCUGGCGCGAGCACAUGAUUCAACUACGCUCACAAACAGCAUAGCGUUCUCUGCGUUAACGCUCUUUUCUCUGCUUGAUCAGCCAAUGACUUCCUUUGUGGAUGGGUCGGAAGACAUUAUGGCUGUUGUGAACUGCCUCCAGAGGAUUCAGAAGCACCUACUUGAUAUAGAACGUGAUGAUUUUCGCAUGACCCACCAGCUGGAUACACCCAGGCUGAUUGAUUUCGACCCGGUUGAUGAACAGCAUUAUCUCCGAUCACCUUGUGUCAUUGCUCGGGAUUUAUCGGCGGCAUGGUCAGUCGACGAUGAGCCAGUACUUAAUGAGUUGAAUUUCGAUAUUGAGACCGGGCACAUCACCAUGAUUGUGGGACCUGUCGGUUGUGGUAAGUCCACAUUGCUGAAAGUGCUAUUAGGAGAAAUUUCAGAAGUCUCUGGGACCAUAUCUACCACCUUCCAGAAUGCUGCAUAUUGCAGUCAGUCUCCAUGGAUUACCUUUGGCACAAUUCAACAGAACAUCAUGGGUGCAUCACAAUGGAAUCGACAACGUUAUGAUACCGUCAUCCAGGCUUGCUCCUUGCAGAUGGAUCUUCAGCAGCUUCCGGCUGGCGAUCAAACCAAAGUUGGUGUUCGUGGGUCUCGACUGAGUGGUGGUCAGCAAAUGCGAGUGGCAUUAGCGCGAGCUCUCUACUCGGCAGAGCCUGUACUCGUAUUAGAUGACGUUCUCACUGGGCUUGAUAGAGAAACCGAAAGAACCAUUCUUGAUGCUGUUUUCUCGCCGCAUGGCUUUAUCAAACAGAACGGACGGACAGUUAUACUGGCGACGAAUUCAGCACAUCAUCUUCCGUACUCUGACUUUGUCAUAUCUUUGAAUGAAAAUGGGCAGCUUAUUGAGCAAGGCUCAUAUGACAAUCUCGUGGCCGCCCAUGGGUACGUCAGUAUGCUUGCCAGCAAGGCCACCACCGUUGCGACCACUAGAGCACCUGAUUUGGUCCUCGAUGAUGAGACUUUAGAAAGUCUCAACCUCAAGGAUAAUGAAAUUGACAGCACAAGCCGGCGGACGGGCGAAUGGGCUGUCUACCUUUAUUACUUCCAAAAUAUUGGAUGGCCUCUCUUGACACUGUUUUUGGCAUGUUCCAUCCUGUUCACUUUUGGACUCACAUUUCCACAAAUUUGGCUACAAUGGUGGACUGUUUCCAAUGAAAAACGACCGAAUGAAGACAUCGGAUACUGGUUGGGUGGCUACGGUGCUCUAGGUCUUCUGACACUCUUGUCAACGUUUCUUGCGAAUUGGGUCUUUGAAAUGAUGAUUAUACCCAAAACUGCCCAUCGUUUCCAUGAGAUUCUUCUCAACACCACAAUGAGUGCUACCACCUCAUUCCUUACCGCAACCGAUAUAGGAUCUACCACGAACAGAUUCAGCCAAGACUUGGAAUUGAUUGACGAAGAGCUUCCAACAGCAUUCGAGCUGACGAUAUACGCUACUCUCGGCUUUAUAAUCGAGGGCUUUCUUGUAUUUGUCGGCUCAUCAUAUGUCACAGCAGCAGUGGUUCCGUUUGUUGUCAUUGUGGUUUACUACGUGGCACAGUACUAUGUCCGUACAUCUCGCCAAAUUCGAUUACUGGACAUCGAAGCCAAAGCGCCUCUUUUCUCCCAGUUCUUGGAAGCAUUGAGUGGACUAUCCAGUAUUCGGGCCUAUGGGUGGUCAGAACACUAUCAACGCGAAGGGCGAAUUGCUCUGGAUGCUUCCCAGCGACCCUUUUACACUCUUUACUGUAUUCAGCGCUGGCUGAGUGUUGUACUGGACCUUAUUGUGGCAGCCAUUGCCGUUGUCGUGGUUUCCAUUGCACUUUCGAUGAAAGGAAGCCCUUCAUUGAAUCUGCUGGGUAUUGCGCUGUUCAAUAUUGUGAACUUCAGUUCGACUCUCCAGCUCUUGGUCACACAGUGGAUUGGACUUGAAACCUCUAUUGGAGCGGUUUCUCGUAUCCGCUCAUAUGUGCAGGAUGCUCAAACAGAGGACCUGGACUCUGAGAGCGAAGUCGUUCCAACAUUCUGGCCAGAGAAGGGCAGUGUCCAAAUUGUUGGCGUCUCAGCCUCCUACGACUCUUCAUCAGCUCCCGUUCUUCAAGAUGUUCAUCUCGACAUCCGUGCUGGCGAAAAGGUUGCCCUUUGCGGCAGAACUGGCAGCGGGAAAUCCUCGCUUAUUUCAAUCAUUCUGCGAUUGCUGGACCUCAACAGUGGCUCGAUUCACAUUGACGGUGUAGAUAUCUCCCGAGUAUCACGAUCGCAUGUUCGGACCCGCCUGAACACGAUUCCGCAGCAAGCUUUCUUCUUGCACGGAAACGUUCGACUCAAUGCUAACCCCCAGGGAGAUAUGCCGGACGACGUCAUUAUCGAUGCACUCCGAGCGGUGAAUCUUUGGUCGUAUCUCGACUCCAAAGGAGGCUUAGAUACGGAUAUGUCCGAAGACAUUCUUUCCCACGGUCAACAGCAGCUUUUCUGUCUGGCGCGAGCGCUGUGCAAGCCUAGUCGUAUCCUCAUCAUGGACGAGGCAACAAGCAGUGUGGACUCGGAGACCGAUAUCCUCAUGCAAGAGGUCAUUCGCACGCACUUCAAAGAUCAAACCAUCAUUGCCAUCGCACACAAAUUAGACAGCAUUUUAGACUACGACAAGGUCGCAUUCAUGGAUCAUGGACGGAUUGUGGAGUUCGAUUCACCGAAGGCACUGUUGUCGCGGGAAGGAUCUGCUUUCAAAUCCAUGUUCAAUACAUUUCGCCGUCGUCCAGAGUGA